AUGGCUAUGACUGUGGCUAUGGCAUUGGUUGUUGUUGCUGUUGUGGCAUUGCCCUCUAGCUCGAUGGUCGCCAAGCCAUCGAUGCCGCCGUCGAUUUCCUACACGGCGACCAUCGAGUUUGAGGUUGGGGUCAAGGGCGCCGUGCUGCGGUCGGUGCUAUGGCUCAACAUGCAUGUUGUCAACUCGACGAUGCCGACGAUUGUGGCGCCGGAUACAACCGUGCUGGCGGUCGAGUCGCUCCAGACGACGGUAUCCUACUCGGACGUCAAUGCGAACUGCCAUGUCAUCUGCACCCACGGCGCGACGUGCGGCGGCGGCAUGUGCACUGUCGAGGCCAGCGAUCUCCGGCUUGAGCUGUGGAUCUUUGUGGUCAACGCUGUGGCCAACGGCACGUGCGCUGACGGUGAGGGCUCCAAGUGGCUGGCUGUCGAGCCGAGCGGCACGACCAUAGCUGCCUACUGCUUUGACAGCAGCGCCCAGCUUGUGUCAGUCGAGCUGACGCAGACGUUGGGCGGCGAGACGGCAUCGUACGUGUAA